AUGAGGAUCAGUCUCCGCACCGCAUCUCGACGAAAUCACGCCCGCAGUCCUCAUUGUACAAUUCACUCGCAGCCACCCACCCACCCACCCGAGCCACUUGUAUGCAUAAGCUCUGCCUUCUACUCGCAGUCCCCGGCACCUUUUUUCGGUGAAAGUGCCGAAUCGAUCGCCAGCGGCAACCCGGUAACUGCUUCACGCAGUGACGACACGACAUCCAACUCGCCGAUUCGUUUGCAGUCCCAGGGCUCGCCUGUGGGCAUGACCGCGUCGACUACUCAUCGCAGUGUGGGGUCGAAAGACUGGAUAGCUCCUUCAUCAAACCACAAAGGAGAGCGCACAGAGGAGCGAGCGAUGGGAAUGGAUGCGCUGGUUAAGCUUUAUAAUUACGUCAACGACCUGAAGCUCAAUCAGGACACGUACCUCUAUCGGAAGCUGGAAGAAUGGUUCAAGCGUCCAGUCCACCCUACUGAUGUGGCAGAAAACCUGAGGCCUUGCUAG